AUGGCCCCCAACAACCCUAACGCACUCCUCAUUAUCCACGGAAGCUAUUUCCUCCCCAGAGCCUGGGAUACAUUCAGUACCCAGCUGACGCAAUCGGGCCUCACAGUCUGCUGUCCGCGCCUCCCAAGCUGCGGCGACAAACGUCCCCCAACAGCCACACUCAAAGAUGAUGUCACCGCCGUUCGCAAAGCAGCCAAAGAUCUCGUCGACACAGGACACGUUGUAAUAGUCCUUGCCCAUGGCUAUGGCGGAGUUGUCGCCUCAAAUGCCCUUACCCCAGACCUCUACGCCAACGAAACCACCCACGGCAUCGUCUACCUCCUCCUCCUAAGCGCCUGGCUCGUCCCAUGCGGCUCCUCCAUUGAACAAGUGGUUUCUCAGAACGGAUUGGAAGUCCAAAAAACCCUUUUUGUGGAAGAAGACGGGGUAGUCUCCUGCAAGAAUGCCGCUGAGACCUUCUACAAUGAUAUCGACUCCGCAACCGCGGCGCAGCUAGCUCAGGACAACGUUACGCAAAAUAGGGCUGCUGCUACAGGAAGAGUGAACGGGGCGCCGUGGAGGGAUCUACCGACUACUUAUGUUUAUUGUACUAAGGAUAUGGCUGUUCCGUGGCCUGUUCAGAAGAUGAUGGUUGACGAUGCCGUAGCUUCUGCUGACGGCGAGGUUGAGUUUGUGACGGAGGAUCUUGACUCGGGACAUUGUCCGUUCUUGAGUAGGCCCGAUGAGCUGGUUCGGAUCGUGAAGCGGGUGCUUGUUACGGUGGGGUAA